CUGACAUGAGACUGAAGACAUCCAUGAUCUGAUAUAGAUAUGACCAUUGACGGAAAAAUGUUCAAUUUUCACAUCAUUAACUCAUUCCUGACACACGUCAAUAAUCCGCUUCCAGAGGACAUGAAAGGUAUAAAGUAGAUAGCAAUACCACGGUGUUUUAUACAAUCAAACUCAAUCCCUGCAUAACCAUCCUAUCUUAUUCUUGAUACCCAUUCACCAUCAUGUACUUCCGCCCCUUCGUCACCUCCCUCGGACUUCUAGUCCUCACAGACUCUCUCGCGGCCGCCGACCGCGCCCUCAACUUCGCCGCCCACCAGGACGACGACCUCCUCUUCAUCAACGCCCAAGUCAUCCACGACAUUGACCUGCAGAAUGAAGUCCGCACCGUCUUCGUAACUGCCGGCGACGCAGGUCAAGGUUCAGAAUACUGGACCAGCCGCCAGGCCGGCACACUGGCCGCUUACGCCGAGAUGGCGGGCGUCGGCAACGACUGGGACGAGAGCGACCUCGGCGUCCCCGACAAGGUCGUGGCCUUGUAUAACCUGCGCAACACCGAUAUCUCUGUUGCCUUCAUGCACAUCCCCGACGGGAACAACGACGGCAGCGGUUUUGAGGCUACAGGCAACGAGAGUUUGGAGAAGUUGUGGAAGGGCGCUAUUGAUACCAUCGGCACUGUCGAUGACUCUGGCACCAGCUACACCAACGAUGAGCUCGUUGAUUCCCUGGCGUGGAUCAUCAAUGAUUACAACCCUGACCGCGUUAAUGCGCUGAACUAUAUUGAUGACUUUGGUUCUGUUGGGGACCACAGUGACCACACCGCCAGUGCGCUCUACGCUAACGAGGGUGCUAUCAAUGCUGAGAACUUCCCUGGUGAUGUGAUCGGCUAUAUUGGAUACGAUAGCAAGAAUCUGGACGCUAACCUCAGCGAGGAGGACCUGCAGAAGAAGAAGGAUGCGUUCUAUACCUAUGCUGCUUAUGAUUCUGCUGCUUGUGCGAGUGACGAGGCCUGCGCGGGCACCGAGUAUGAGCUCUGGUUGCAGCGCGAGUAUCCCCGUAACUAGACUCCUAUAACUAGACGUCGUUUGUAUUUGUUGGUUCUUUUUGGUUUUCGCGUUGUUGUUGCUGGGUGUCCGGACUGCGUGUUGCUUGUUGAAUGGGUUGAUUUAUGUUGCCAUACCUAGUAUUGUUUGCAAUGAUAAUCCUAUCUGUUAUAUCAAUAGUUUCUACUGCAAAAUCCCCGUGGGAUAAACCUUGCCGUCUGCUUCGUAUAUACUACAAGCACAUCAAGUAAGCAGAUAAGUUAACUACUUCUACGCAGAACGCCGAAGUAAUCCAGCAAAAU